UUCACACAUGCGACACCACGUCAUGCACCGAUCCCUGCGCAAUAUGACGACGAUCAGCGAGCCGUUGCUGAACAUUCACCUGAGCAUGGACAAGACGGCGGCGCGCGAAGGCAGUGGAUUCCAUGUAGAACAAAACCCGCCUGAAAAUGCUCGAGUUGCCAGAGAAAACGUUCGAGGGGCUUCGUUCACACGGGCAGUCACGACACCGCUUCCACAGCCGAAGCUUGUCGUUGCAUCUCCCUCCGCCUUGCACUUGAUCCAAGAACCUGCAGCACUUGAAAACGACGGCCAAUUGCCGGUCGACGCGAAGAAAGCAUUGACCGACUUGAUUGCAGGAACUGGACCGAUCGAAGGCCUUGCGCACUGUUAUGCUGGACAUCAGUUUGGCCACUUUUCUGGACAACUUGGCGAUGGCGCCGCUAUCUUGCUUGGUGGGACGGGCAAAUGGGAGGCUCAGUUGAAAGGUGCUGGCCUCACGGCAUUUUCCCGAACAGCUGACGGACGGAAGGUGUUGCGAUCGACUCUUCGAGAAUUCCUUGCCAGUGAGCACAUGCAUGCGUUGAACAUCCCAACCACUCGCGCGGGCGGUGUUGUUGUCUCCUCCACUGAAACAGCGCUGCGCGACGUUUUCUACGACGGCAAUGCACAGCAUGAACCGUGCGCGACGGUGCUACGAAUUGCCCAGACCUUUGUUCGGUUUGGGUCAUUUGAGCUGUUCAAGCCAGUGGAUGCCACUACUGGCCGCGCCGGGCCGUGUUCCACUUUACCUUUGGAAGUUCAACGGGCCACCCUGCGCGACAUGCUCACGUUUGUCCAGCAGGAGUACUACGACAUCCACGGCCAAACCGACGACUUGGAAGGGGCAAGUCGUCGAUUUGUAGAAGCUCUAACUCGGCGCACGGCUGCGUUGGUUGCAAAGUGGCAAACAGUGGGGUUUUGCCACGGCGUGCUCAACACGGACAACAUGAGCAUCGUUGGUGACACAUUGGACUACGGGCCGUACGGAUUCAUGGAGUACUUUGACCCGGGACACAUUUGCAACACGUCGGACACGUCGGGUCGAUACGCAUUUGAAAACCAGCCCGAGAUUUGCAAAUGGAACUGCCACAUGCUGGUGACCCAACUCUCUGUGCUCUUCCCCGACAACGUUCUGGACGACUUCCACGCCCUCGUCGAUGCCACAUACGACACCACGUACGCGGCGGAAUGGCGCAGUAGCAUGGACCAAAAGUUGGGCCUUCCUCCGCAAGACCCCGACACAAAUGCUGCUCUCGUUGCAACUUUCUGGACCACGCUGACCGAUACCCAUGCUGACUUCACGUGUGUAUUUCGAGCGUUGUCCGGGCUGUCUGUAUUCGACGACUCCACCGUGAAAAAUGUCCUCGAGUCUCUCGUGAAAGUUUCGCAUUCGCUGGCGCAGGAGCAGCGCGCUGCCCAGCCGUCUGUGUCCCCAGCGCAAUUAGCCCAUUUGCAGCAACUUUUGGUGUCAAAGCCCAACGUAGCCCUUCGUUAUGGGUUCAAUCAAGACACGCUGGAUGGAUUGUCCAAGCAGCUUACCGACUACGCCGCGUUCCUCGAGGCAAACCAUACGCCCGACAGAUUCAAGCGGAUGCAAGAAGACCGCUGGCGCGUCUGGCUCGAGCAAUACCGCCAACAUCUGGCCCACCACACUGACGACGCCCAAGCUGACGUUGCGCGUCGACGAGCUAUGAACCAAGUAAACCCCAAGUACAUUUUGCGCAACCACGUGGCCCAGGCAGCGAUUGAUGCAGCAUCCGUGGGUGACACCACCACCGUCGCGCACAUUCUCCAUCUCCUCACGCAUCCAUUCGAUGACGGGAAUGCGUGCGAUACCGCCAUCUAUGGGCAACCGUCCGACCCAACCGCGCCACCCUUGCUCGUAUCUUGCUCGUCGUAGUCUCCCUACAAGUAACUCUCGAGCAUGUCGCUCAACUCAAAACGUUCGGACCCAGUGUGCAUGGCCCAAACUCUUGAAAAAUGUUGGACACGGGGGCAACCGAGGAGACCAGGAUGACGCAUCCAGGAAUAUGUGGAAUGAAGC